UUAGAAAUAAAAAUUCAAAAUAAAAAAAAAUAAAUGCAUAUUAAAUGUAUAUCUGAACUUCUGAUGACAGCCUCUUGGCAAUACACCCAGACUUAAAGAAUAUAUUCAUUUUACUUUGGGCUUGAAAUAAAAUUAGGAUAAAUUUGAUAUCAAACAGAUAAACAUUAAAUUAAAGGCACAGUACAAAAAAUGGUGCAGGGUGUAGCGUCAAUUUAAAAAUGCCAAUUCAUGUCCACGCAUUUUAUUUAAAAUAAAAAUGGUUAAAAUAGACCUGUUUCAACAUAAAAAAAAAAAAAACACAAACAAAAUAGCUACAGAUAAGAAGCUUCUUUAUUCUGUCCAAAACUUCUUCUCCACACUUGGAUCUAUACUUAAUAUUUUUAAAGCUUCUUAAUAUCUAAGAGUCUUUUAUGCUAUUGUUGAAAUUAUUGCUUAGACUCACUCCUCUAUAUUUGAGUCAAUAAUUUUGCUGUUAAAAUUAGGAAGUUUAACUUUAAUCACAUUGUUGAACAGAAGAUGCUUCAGUAUUCUAGAAAUGCACUCAUUAAAAAGCACGUUUAAAAUACAAAACAAUUUAUUUGAUUAAAUCUUUGUACUACUGUUAUUUUCUAAAUUUUCUACAGGGAGUUGUUUUAGAAAUCCUCUACGUUCACUGUCUCCUCCUGUCCACAUGGAGGCAGCAGUGAGGUGUUUUCUAAACUCCGCACUAAAACGAGAAGAAAUGAGCAAAAUUCAAACCUCUGAUGAGAUAUUUUUCUUUUGUCCUCACAUCAGGUCUUUUAUCGUUUUCAUUAGUUUAAAAGCUUAAUAGCACUCUUUUUUGUGUCAACUUAGCCACCGAAGUAGUUUCUCGUUGAAUUAAUCUUCUGAAUUCAAUCGGAAUCAACAUAAGCAGUAGUGUUUUCGGUUACUAAUGAGUACUGACCGUUUCAAAGUUCCGAUAGACCGCAGGUUUAAAUCUCCGGGGAGCAGGAGCAGCCAGCAUGGACACUCGAGACCCAGUAAAGUGUUGGCCGAAAGGAACCAGGCGGUGGUGGCGGUUGGAGCCUGGGUGGAAGUCGGACAGGAUUUCCUGGAGCACCCAGCUAACCUUGCUUUGCUAACGGAGGAGCUACAGGCACAAAAGAGAAGGGAGGAUGAAGACAACCUGAAGCGGUUUCAAGAUGAAGUGCGACGACGAGUCACACAUCAAGCUCACGUGUGCAAGCGACGACAACAACCUCAUUCACAUCCCUUGGUAAUACCCCACAGAGGACUUCCACAUUAUCAGAUCCUGACCCAGCAGGUAUGCAAGGAAGAGGAGCAUAUCCACUCAGAACCUGCUGCACAACAGAGCAGUUCUCCAGAGUUGAGUAAGCCCCUGAGGCAGGUCAGACUCAGACUGGCUGCCUGUCGGCUGACCCAAGGGGAGGAAGUGCUGUCAGAUCUUCCAGGAGGCAGAUGGAGCAUCUCUCCAACCAGACAUCAGACUGCUAAUGCUUGUGUGCGGAGAACAGAGGAGGAACAGGAAACAAGAGAUGUUCCUCUCUUUAGUAGUCAACAUGAAUGUCCACUUGUUCAGCAGAAGGUGAGCGGACACACCCUGUUGAAUCCGAAUAAUUCAUUCAUUGAUCACGGUUCUAAUACGAGCCUAGAAGUCCCAAAGUUUCUCUGGCCAACGACGGAUGAAGAAAAGGUGAAAAAGCAGCAUCAGUCUCAGUUCCUGAAACACCGCCGCCUGGUCAUGAACACUGAACGGGAGCAGGUGAAGGAGAACCAACAGCUUAGGAAACACCUGAAGAGGACUGCAAGGUGACCAGACUACCACUGCUCCUCCUGCAUCACUUUCUGCUGCUGUUUUCACCCAACGAUAGUGUUGAUAAACCUCACU